GUUCGCAAAAAGACUUCUCCAUCUAUAUUUCUCUCAACGUAAUGGUUUUCCCAAACGGUCCGAAGGAGUGGCUGGCGAAGCUCGUCAGCUUCGACACCACCUGCACCCAAUCGAAUCUGGCGAUCAUUUACUACCUCCGUGACUACCUGACGUCCAUCGGGCAGAAGCCGCAGAUUGUCUACAGUCCAGAUAAAAACAAAGCCCACCUGCUUUGCACGCUGCCCGGUGUGAAUGGCUCGACCAACGGCGGUAUCAUUCUUUCUGGUCACACCGACGUCGUCUCCGUAGUGGGGCAGAAGUGGGACUCCGAUCCGUGGACGCUGACGGAGAGAGACGGCAAGCUGUACGGACGCGGCACGGCAGACAUGAAGGGCUUCCUUGCCGUGGUGCUGGCUCUUGUGCCGACAUUCUUGUCCAUGAAGCGCGCCAAGCCGAUUCACCUCGCCUUCUCUUAUGACGAAGAGCUCGGCUGCAUCGGCAUCCCGGUGCUGGUUGACUACAUGAAGGAGAAGAAGAUUACGGCUGAUGCAUGCCUCGUCGGCGAUGGACGCCUUGAAGUCUGCACCGGCAAUAAGGGUCAUCGUGUGUGGCGUUGCACGGUGAAGGGCAAAGCAAUUCAUUCCUCCAUGGCGCUGAUGGGCACCAGCUGCAACGCCAUCGAAUACGCCGCGAUGAUAAUCACGAAGAUCCGUGAAAUUGCGAAGGAGGUUCGUGACAACGAUGUUCACGACACGAGCUACGGUUGCCCCUUCUCGCCCAUGUCGACGAAUCUUAUCCAAGGUGGCAACGCCGUGAACACGGUGCCGGCCGAGUGUGUUUUUGAGUUCAACAUCCGCAUCGCGGACACCAAAGUUGCGAUGAACGUCGACGCGCGUAUUCGUCAGUACAUCAACGAGGUGGUGGUGCCGGAGAUGCGCAAGGAGUACGCGGAGGCGGCGGUGGACUUGGACGCGUUCUGCUGCUGCCCGGCUUUCAACGCCAAGGAGGAUGCGCCGUUCACUAAAUUGGCCCGGAAAAUCAUGAAGUCGCAGAAGGUGGUGAAGGGCACCGGCACCACGGAGGCUGGCUUCUUUCAGGAGGAACUCGGCAUCCCGACGGUGAUUAUCGGACCGGGCACGGCGGGCGCGCACGAGGCGAACGAGUACACCGCCGUUGCCGACCUACUGCGGUGUACGGAGGUGACACAGGAAUUGGUAAGCUAUUGCACCGCAACGGACAAGCCCCUCGAGUCACACUUGUAA